UGCGCGGGGCCGGGGGGAGGAGCGGCCGCUGCCGGAACAGCCGGGUGGGCUGGGCUCGGCCCGGCCCCUCGGAGGCCUCGCCCGAUGGCGGCGCCCGGCGCGGAAGGGCCCUUAGCGCCAGGGGCCGCUGUCCCGUCCCGCCCCGCGCCCGCCGCGUCCCGGCGUGCCGUGCGGCCCCGCUGUGGGGUAAAGGUCGCGGGGCGGAGGGGGUGGCACUGUUUCGGCGGGGACGCAGAGCCUCGUACCGGCGCUUCCCUCUGCCGCCAUGGCGGAGCAGCCGCAACCCAUCAGCCCCAUCAAGAACUUCUUCGCCGGCGGUUUCGGGGGCGUCUGCCUCGUCUUUGUGGGGCACCCGCUGGACACCAUCAAGGUCAGACUGCAAACCCAGCCCAAGCCGCAGCCUGGUCAGCCUCCACUCUAUUCUGGGACCUUUGACUGCUUCAGAAAGACUCUUGUCGGAGAGGGAGUCCGAGGCUUAUAUAGAGGAAUGGCAGCUCCUAUUAUUGGAGUGACACCCAUGUUUGCUGUGUGCUUCUUUGGAUUUGGCUUGGGAAAAAGACUCCAACAGAGAAAGCCUGAUGAUGUUUUGACAUAUCCUCAGCUCUUUGCUGCUGGCAUGUUGUCGGGAGUGUUCACAACAGCAAUCAUGGCUCCAGGCGAGAGAAUCAAGUGCCUUUUACAGAUCCAGGCAGCUACAGGUGAAACUAAAUACAGUGGCUCUUUGGACUGUGCAAAACAGCUGUAUCGCGAGGCUGGGAUUCGUGGCGUGUACAAGGGGACAGUGCUCACCCUCAUGAGAGAUGUCCCAGCCAGUGGAAUGUACUUCAUGACGUACGAAUGGCUGAAGAAUGUUCUGACCCCUGAGGGAAAGAGUGUGAGUGACCUCAGCGUGCCUAGGAUCCUCUUUGCUGGAGGCCUGGCUGGGAUCUUCAACUGGGCAGUUGCCAUUCCACCAGAUGUGCUGAAAUCCCGUUUCCAGACUGCUCCUCCAGGAAAAUACCCAAAUGGCUUUAGAGAUGUGCUGAGAGAACUUAUCAGAGAGGAAGGAGUUGCAUCUCUCUAUAAGGGCUUCACAGCUGUCAUGAUCAGGGCAUUUCCCGCUAACGCGGCGUGUUUUCUUGGGUUUGAAGUUGCUAUGAAGUUCCUUAACUGGAUUGCACCAGGUCUGUGAAGACUAGGAAGUCUUUGGAAAUCAGAGAGGAGAAGGAAUGGAGUGCAAGUCUGCCUCAAAGGAAUAAAUGAAUGAUCACUUGAG